AAAAGGGUCCCCUGGUGCACCAGGACCGCCGGGCCCCCCUGGCCCCCCAGGGCCACCCGGCCCCCCUGGUAUCCCAGGAAUACCAGGAAUCCCAGGGAGCAAUGUGAUGGCACCAGCAGGACCCCCCGGGUCACCUGGCCUUCAAGGCCCCCCGGGGCCCCAGGGCCCACCUGGCCCUCAAGGACCUGCAGCCAUAGAAAAGAUCAAAAGCAUCCAGCCUGCUGUCGUUCAUUUGCAAGGCCAGGAGACAACAAUUCAAGUGAAGGAAGAAGGUGUACUCAAAAACUGGAAGAUGAUAUCCAUACACCACAAGGUGUUCAAGAUGCACUCGCGUUCGGGGGAGCUGGAGGUGCUGGUCGACGGCACGUAUUUCAUCUAUAGUCAGGUAGAAAUUUACUACCUCAACUUCACUGACAUCGCCAGUUAUGAAGUGAUGGUUGAUAAGACCCCGUUCCUGAGAUGCACCUGCAGCAUUGAGACAGGCCAGCGCAAGUUCAACACCUGCUACACGGCCGGCGUCUGCCUGCUGAGGGCCCACCAGAAGAUCUCCAUCAAGAUGGUGUAUGAGGACACCUCCAUCAGCAUGACUAACCACACCACCUUUCUAGGGAGUAUCCGCCUGGGAGAUGCUCCACCUAGUGGCCAAGCCUAAGUACUACCUGUUCAUCCCAUCCUCCUUUUUAUUUUUUUCAAAGCAUGAAAUGAAAAGAAGAUUCUCAAGAAUCAAAUGAACUGAUGAGUCUGCCUGAUAGUGACAGUAAUGGAAACACCUGAUUUGAUGGGCUCCAUCUAAUUUUUGCUCACCUGCAGGAAUGGCUUCUUUGUUUGCCUGAAUGUACAUUAAAGGUGUACUAUCAUAGUGACAGAGAAGGGAAAUAAGUGCAACCAUCUUAAAUUAGUGUGGUUGUAACAUUUCCCACAGCGGCGUAAAUAAAAAGGGCUUCUUCAGAGACCUUAUAUUUAAAGAAUUUCCACACAUUUUGAGGUAUUUUGUAGGUGUUUCCAUUUUCAGUAUAACAAUUCUUGCCUGCUUUUGAUUGUGAUUGUGAUAUUUAAUUAUAGGCUUUAAAUCUGUUUACAAUAACACUGGUUAUUGGAUUCACUUCCGCAAACAUAUUAGUUAUACUGGUUAAUCCCAGAUAAAUUACUUAAAAAUUCAUAUUGGCAGUGUUUCCUGACGUAUGGUAAUGUUUUCAAAAACUGUCAGAAAACUAAAUAUGCAACCAAAUAUUGUUCUAAGAAUUUUUCCAUCACCAGGACUUUAAUGAAGAUUUUUUUUAAAAAGUGAUGGAAAAAAAUUAUAAUAACAUGACAUUAGAAUAAGGAAAUGCUUUGAGAAGAUAUUUAUAUCAGGCAUCAAUGGGCUGUGUUUAUCUUUCCAGUGUUUUCUCCCACAAUUUAAGGACUUGAGAUUUCAGAUGGACUGGUGACUUAAAUUUGCUUUAGGCAUUCCAGAACAUAUGAGAGAAUGUUUGUGUGCAUGUGCGUCGUGAUUCAACUAGCAUCCUGACAGUGAUGCAUUCAGCCUUAUACCCCAUAAUAGACUAUGAGUCACUGUGAGCCUAAUUGGAGAUGUGAUUGAGAUUUGCUGAUUUAAUGAAUACAUGACUGGAUGCAGACAUCCCACCAUAUGCAUAUUGAUUUCGGGGACACUGAGGGACAACUGGGUGCGGGCUGUCCAGGCAUGGGUGGUAAAACAGUGACCACCCCCCAGCAAAUAUAAUUGGAAUACUGAAACGAAAUAGUGUUGCUUUUUAAAAUGCGGUAUACUACCAUAUAAUGUCUGGAUGGUAUGACUGUUAAGGUUAGAUGCCGCCUAAGGUUGUAUAUCGGGGGUGGUAUGGAAAGCACAAGCAAGCAAAGGAUCCAGAAAGCGCAAAAAGCAAUUUGCUCAUUUCACCAAAAAAAAAUAAAAAGAAAUCACACAUGAACACCUAAUAUAAAUCCGACCCCAGUCUGGAGUUGAACAUUAAAAACUGACCCUGGCCCGGCCUGAAAGCCUCUGUCGGAGCCCAUCAGGCUUGGGUUUGGGUUGCAGACCUCUAGCAGUGGUAGGUAAACUUCCUGACGGCUAAUUUUGCUGCCAAUGUAUAGCGGAAUGACAGAUUUCUGGGAUAUAUUGCGCAUCAUUUGCGAGUGUCUGGGUGCUGCUGUCAAUUUGUGGGAGAUUCCUGGAACUUCCACAAGAGGUGGGAUGUCUGUGAAUGGCUGAAUGGGUUGCUGGAGUAAUAGAAGAUACACCAAUUUAAAAAUAAUUUCAUAAUCAGGUGUAACAGCAUUAUACUGCUUCUGAGAGUAGGCCUAUCUCAAACAAUGGACAAUGUAACACAAAUGGAAAUAUUUGCCCUGUUAAGAAUUCACCUUUAUGAAAAAUUAGUUUUCUCAUGACAGUUAAUUGAUUAGAAUAUGUAUACACCUUCAACAAAACACAGAAGAAUUACAGGGAAGGCAGUUGAAAACAUUUCGCUUUUAGGUGGAAAUGUAACAUUUUGUCCGAGAUGAUUCCCUAUAAGACAGGGGGAGGAUGAAGGGCUGUGGGACCCGAUGCGGAAUAAGCUACACAUGUGCCCAAACUAACGCCACCAAACUACGUAUUUUUAAUGUUGAUACUGGUUUAAUGUAUUUGCUGAUGAUGCUAGCACAGUAUUGUUGCAAUGUCGACAUCCUAAAAACUAAGAAUAUAUAUGCAGUGUUUUUUUUUUUUUAACGUUGAGCUCAUUUCAGAUGUAAACAAUUUCUAAAUGCCUUGUCGCUGAAGAAAAGCAUCAUUUAUUUUCUUCCUUUCUUGAAUUACAUGUAUUUGAGUUUCAAGAAUAUACAUUAAAUUCAUAUCAUCAACAUGUAUAUACAGUAUAAUAUUAUACACGGCUUUACCAAAAUGGUAAACUUCUGUAGGUGACAAUACGGCUUCAAACGAUUUGCUUCAGUCUGUGUUUCUCGUGUUGAAUUGAAGACUAAAAUUGAAAAGGACCUUAAAAUCAUUUAAGAUCAUUUAACAUAUACUGCAUUUGUUUUUGGUUCAUAGUCUUUUAUUUUUGUUACAUUUUAACACCCAUCAUUGGAAGUCCAGAUUAAUUUGAAUUCCGUAGUACAUGAUUAUAGUAACUGUUCUUAUCCUACUUCCUGGAAUAUACUGUACAUUUGUAUACUGUAUUUUGAUUGUAUAUAUGUAUAUAAAAUAGAAAGUACCUUUUGUAAAUCAUCUGUCUUGAUUCAUAUGAUUAAAGAUUUGUUCAUUUA